GAUGUAGAGCUGAGACUUCAGGCUGCAGGUUUCUGUGACUCGCGUUGAGGACACACCUGCACAGAUGUGGAGCCCUGACUGUCUCCACACUGUAUCUGAUGGACCCAUAAUGACAUUUCUGACUACUGGUUAUUGCUUUGAGUUUUCAUUAUUCUCAUUAUUUAUUAUCCAUGUGCCUCUCGUGAUGCAAAGGUUUGUUCAAAAAGUCCCUACAUUUGUUGCUGGCUGCUUUAUGAAAAACAAAAAAUGAAAGGAAAACCUAAAGAGUAUCUCUAUCUAUCGGGAACCGGAUGAGGCAGCACCGACAGGAGAAGACUGAUGUCGACCGGCAGAAGAGCUGAAGAUGAGUGUUUGUCUGCAGGAAGACGAGGGCCGAGCCGAGUCUCCAGGAGUCACCUGCAAGUCCAUGAACAGUAACAUGUCCAUGGGACACCCCCUAAAUUUCAAUGAGCGUGCAUCUCCUUCACUCACAGAAUGUGACUCUGAGAGCAGGAGAGAAGAGGCGCUGGAGACAGACUGUAAGACAGAAGAGGGGAGGACGAGUGGUUGUGUAAGUUUAAACUGUGGAUGUGACGUUGCCUCACACUGGGACCAGUCCGGUUCAUCAGGAGCCGGUGUUCAGGGUGGAAAAAGAUCCACUACAACACCGGCACUACAGACACCGGGUUGGACCGGACCUGCAGGGGUGAAUGACGGUCUGCAGGAGGUUUCACAUCAAUAUAAGAUCAGUCUGAGGAGCAGAUGUGAACAUGUGACUGAAGGAACUGAUGGAACAGGAAGUGGAACCCUCCUCAACAGGAUCUACACUGAGCUCCACAUCACAGAGGGACAGAGUGAAGAGGUUAAUACCCAACAUGAGGUGAGGCAGCUGGAGACAACUUCCAAGAUGGAGACCCUCCAUGACGCUCCAGUCAGGUGCCACGACAUCUUUAAAGUCUCACCUGACCAGCAGAGACCCAUCAGAGUGGUUCUGACCAACGGCGUCGCUGGCGUUGGAAAAACCUUCUCGGUGCAGAAGUUCUCUCUGGACUGGGCAGAGGGCUUGGAGAACCAAGAUGUCAGUCUGCUGGUUCUGCUUUCGUUCAGGGAGCUGAACCUGAUCAGAGAUCAGCAGUACAGUCUUCUCAGGCUGCUCCAUGUUUUCCAUCCAACAUUACAGAAGGUCACAGCAGAGCAGCUCGCUGUCUGUAAAGUUCUGUUCAUCUUUGACGGCCUGGAUGAAAGCAGACUGUCACUGGAUUUCAACAACAGGAAGUCUGUGUGUGAUGUCACACAGGAGUCAUCAGUCAACGUGCUGCUGACAAACCUCAUCAGGGGGAAUCUGCUUCCCUCGGCUCUCGUCUGGAUAACUUCCAGACCUGCGGCGGCCAAUCAGAUCCCUCCUACAUGUGUGGACAGGGUAACAGAAGUACGAGGCUUCACUGACGCCCAGAAGGAGGAGUACUUCAGGAGGAGAUCCAGUGAUGAAGAGCUGUCCAGCAGAAUCAUCUCACACAUCAAGACGUCCAGGAGCCUCCACAUCAUGUGUCAAGUCCCAGUCUUCUGCUGGAUCACUGCUACAGUUCUGGAGCACAUGUUGACCACAGACCAGAGAGGAGAGCUGCCCCAGACCCUGACUGACCUGUUCUCACACUUCCUGCUGGUUCAGACACAGAGGAAGAAGAACAAGUACCAUGAGGGACGUGAGACGAGUCCACAGGAGCUGACGGAGGCUGACGGGGAAGUUCUUCUGAAGCUGGGGAGGCUGGCGUUUGAACAUCUGGAGAAAGGAAACAUCAUGUUCUACCAAGAAGACCUGGAGCAGUGUGGUCUUGAUGUCACAGAGGCCUCGGUGAACUCAGGACUUUGUACUGAGAUCUUCAGAAGAGAGAGUGUGAUCUUCCAGAAAACAGUCUACUGCUUUGUUCAUCUGAGCGUUCAGGAGUUUCUGGCUGCAGUCUACAUGUUCCACUGUUACACCAACAAGGAUAACAAGAUACUGGAGACUUUCCUGGGAACUCCCUGGGGUCGGCUUCAUAGCGGUGACCCUUCAGUGGAUAUGUUCCUGAGAAAGGCAAUAGAUCAGUCAUUAACGAGCAGUAAUGGCCACCUUGAUCUGUUUGUUCGCUUCCUUCAUGGUCUUUCAUUGGAGUCAAAUCAGAGACUCUUAGGAGGUCUGCUCGGUCGGACAGAGAACAGUCCAGAAAGCAUCCGGAGAUCCAUCGACAACCUGAAGGAGAUCAGGAACCACAACAUCCCUCCUGACAGAAGCAUCAACCUCUUUCACUGUCUGACAGAGAUGAAGGACCACUCAGUUCAUCAGGAGAUCCAAGAGUUCCUGAAGUCAGAGGACAGAUCAGAAGCCAAACUCUGUGAGAUCCACUGCUCAGCUCCGGCCUACAUGCUGCCGAUGUCAAAGGAGGUCGUGGGUGAACUGGACAUGAAGGCAACCAGGACGUCAGAGGAGGGAGGAGAUAGACUGAUUCCAGCUGUGAGGAAGUGCAGAGAGGCUCACUGCAUGCUUCCUCACUGUUGCCCACCAGAGACUCACUGUGAAGUCUUGGCCUUGGCUCUGAAGUCCCCCCCCUCCCCCGCUGGACCGGAGAGUCCAAACAGUAGACCAGAGAUUUUGAGAUUGCGUUUCUGCAGCUGGCCGGCAGCUGAAUCUUUCCGACCAUGGUUCUGGAUUCGAACCCCUCCCAUCUGGUCAGGAGUGAUGCUGCUGUCUGCUAGACCGGACAGUCCACAGUGUAGUCUGGCGACUCUGAUCUCAGCAGUAAACCAGGUUGUUAUGUUUUAAGGAGGUCAAAGCCCCUGGAAAAGUUUUCAAAAGGAAUGCGGCCUCAUCAACAGACUUUCAGAUUAAAAGCUUCUCUGAGGAAAAGCGCUCUAGGACUUUCUGGAGAAUCACAGCAUCACCAAGAUCCCUGUACCCUGACUGAAGUGCAAUGGACUUUUGAUUCAUGUCACAUGUAAACUCCCUGGGGCUUCCUGUAAUGAAAUGAAUUUUGUAAUGUUAUUAAUUAAACUAACUAGCAAAAGUGCAACAACUCUGGCACCUUGACUCAACUGAGACCUCUGCUGUCGAAUGUCCUGUGACUCAUCCUAUCACCCUAGCUUUAUAACCAUCAGUAGUACCACACCUCUCUGACUGGAGCAAACUUACAGCUCAUCCACAACAACUCCAGAGCUGCAUUCACAUUCUUUACAUACAGACUACAUAGAAAUAAAAUGCCAUUUAUGUUAAUAUUCCAGCAGCAAUAUUCUUGGUCCUCAUGGUGGUCCCUCCUGUGGACAUAUAUAUAUAUAUACCUCCUUAUACAGCUGUUUUUACUUCAGUAAAAGAUAUAAAAGCUU